GAAUAUCAGACAAAAAACAGAGUAAAGACAUGGUAACUGGACAUGGACAGAGUCUGUUUGUUAAUAUGGUGAAAGAUGUACAUUUCCUGAGUAUGCUGGUGUUGUGGAUCCUGAUGUGGCUAUCCAGAUACAUACACAGUGUGUCUUCAGAAGUGUCAACAAAGCAGGUCUUCUUCGUAGCUGGUGGCGAUGAAAAACUAUUUCUCCCAUCUCCCCCACUGAGCCGUGGGACAAAGUACCAGUGGUUGAGGACCCCACAUGAUGGAAACCAAUCGGAGUUAAUUGUCACAAUCAGUAGGAAUAGUCAGAAUCUGUUUUCACAAGGAGGCGAGCAUAAUAUAUCCAUGGAGCCCCAGUCUUCUUUUGCAGGAGUAUUUUUGUUCACCCAAACUGAACCAAAUUUACUCCCAUUGGCAAGAUUUGAAGUGUUUGCUGUUGAAUUUACACCGCCACGUUUAGCAGAGGUGGAUCUGGGUUCUGAUGUCAGUUUGAGCUGUAAGUUGCCUCACAUGCCCGAGGCAGCCACACUGCAGUGGGAGGCUGAGGACAGCUUCUCUUCUCACACCACAUUGUUCUACAACCACACAGCCUACGUCAUCAUCCACAGUGUUGACCAGCAGAGCAAAAAGCGAUACAACUGUGUAGUCCGACUAAAUGGAACAUGGGUAUUUGGAGCAGGAUUUUUGCUGAACAUAAAAGCAUUCAUAUUAGAGACUCAGGUGACUUUAUUCCGAGAGAGCAGCAACAGUAGUGAGGUGGAUCUGAGUUGCAGGAGCAUAAGUGAAUACCUUACAGCCAAAUGGACCAGGACCUCAUCUUCUCAACAAACACCAGUUGUUCUGAGCUCAUACAGUCGCAUCUCAUUGAAUGUUGUUCAGCGAGACCGGUUCUCAUCACCUGCCUUCAGUGGUGUUGACUACCCCAUGCAUAUCUCAUCACUGAUAUUUGAAGAUGGUGGAGAAUACAGAUGCAGAUUUGAGCAUGUCUUAAAUUCUGGGCAUGUCUUCAGUUCUGAGCGUGUCUUCGUGAAACUCAUUACUAUUCAAGUUUCUGUUGCGCCCUCUGGUGAUGAGGGUGGGGACCAGACAGUGGUCCUCACCUGUGAGCUGUCAGAGUUGAGCGAUGUCCCAGUGACCCUGGCCUGGCUGAGGAGGGAGGGCAGCGGGGUGCUGAUGGUCCGACAGGAAGUCCUGACAGACAGCAGGCUGCUCAGUGUGACCCUGCCCAGCCUCCAUAGAGACCAGCUGUUCUGGGAGUGUGUGGUCUUCUCUCAGGGCCUGCUCAGAGCCAGAGUAACCCUGAACCUCACAGACAGCUUCGAGAAGAUCCCUACUCCUGUUACACCCAGCCCAAAUGCAGGUGGCGAAGUAAACCCCUUUCACCUUGGGAUGAUUGUGGCCUGCUCUGUGCUGCUCUUCACUGGGAUCCUGACUGUGGCUCUGCUGUUCUACUACAGGGGAGCCAGAAACAGAGAGACAGCUUCAAGGCCUGUGCUGAACAUUGUAGCGUCGCCCUCUCUGACUGAUCAGGAUGACCCAGUCUACGGCAACGUCACAAACAACCCCCCAGACCAAGUUCCAGACAGUCAUAGGAGUCCAACAGAGGGAAAGAACAACAUGGACAUCCAUUACUCUUGCAUCUCUUUAAGUGGACUAAAGCCUAGAGAGCAAAAUGGGAAUUCUGAAAAAAGUGGGGAUGGGGAUGGUGUAAUCUACUCAGCUGUCAGCAUAAAUUGAAGAAUCCAUUGUGAUCUGGAAAGAAAUGCUACUGGACAAGCUUGCUUCUCUUUCAGUACUGGAUUCAACAUAUGUCAAACAUGUAUUUCUUAAGAAAUUGAUUAUCUAAAAUGAACCGUUACCUAUGCUACAAAAUUUCAUAGUACCACCAUGUACAUUGCAAGCUUACGUUUCCUUUUCAUCUUGAGUUCAGUUGAUAAUUUUCAUAAUGCCUUUUACCCUGUCUGGAUGAGAAAAUGUGCAGAGAAAUAUAAAUUAAUUUUUGGGUACUGAGAGGGUGUUAAUUAAUCUGUCUUCUCUGUGCUCUUUUUAAUUAAAUGUAAUUUUGCAAU